CAUCUACAUAGUAAGACAUAUUCCAUCAUCCAGUCUAUCCACUUAUCCACGAUGUUGUGCACCGACAUCUGUGAACAUCAUCUCCAGAUGCAUCCAUUUUCAGUGCAAACAUGGAAGCCACUUGCUAUGCUCUACAUCUGAUCAACAAUCACUAAACUCCUCAUGAAGGGGGUUAUCAGGAAACACAACCUAGAGGCGCUACUGUGUCCCUUCCGCCUUGUACAUCCCGUGUUUCUUAGGAAGAUGACUCCAGACAAGGUCAAACGAGAGCGUGCGAAGGCUGAGGAGGAGCUUGUGGAGUACCUUAUCGCUCUUGGAGCUUAACAUGGAAGGGAGGUGAUUCAUACUAUAGCUACGAAGGUUUAUCUCGAGUAGUAUGACUUGGUUUACACUUUCCUCACCACCACUAUUCAAGGAGACGUCCUAGGUCUGCUAUCAGCCAUGAGGCUUUUUAGAGUCAGACACAUGAAGCUGCCCAAGGCACUCUAUGUCUGACAGAGCUCACGUCUACUCUGACGCCAAGAGUUUUCGAAGGUCACUGGUUGAGUUAGUUAUGUAAAUUGUUCCCCUGAGGCUGACAAAUCCAUUGCAUGAUGUGAUCCUCAAAGGGUUCCGUGCAGACCGUGCUUGACGAUCGUCUGGGGACCCUAUUCCCCUGUGGAGAAUACAACGUAGUAAGGCAUUUAAGUGGUCCCGCAAAAUGGAU